GAUGUAGGCGGUGGUCGUGCAUUACCAAUUCUAUCAAGAUUCAAUCAAUUGAUACAAAAAACACGAACAGAAUGGUCACAAUCAAAUGAGCUACCAGUUGAAAUCCCAUUAGAUGACAAAUACAAAUUCCACUCUGUCUUUACUUGCCCAAUUAGCAAAGAACAAACGAGCGAGAGUAAUCCACCAAUGAUGCUCACUUGCGGACACGUAGUUGCAAAUGAAAGCUUGUCUAAACUGAGUAAAGGUGGUGGUAGAGUUAAAUGCCCAUACUGUCCUAUCGAAUCUCAAUCCUCUUUGGCGUUGAGAGUGUAUUUCUAA